AUGCAGGCUCUUAUAAAAGAUAUCAACACCUUGCGUACUGAGCUGCUAUGCAAGCCAUGGCUUUUAUUCCUAGUUCCAGGUACUAUCCUGCUACUUGUUUAUGUCUAUCGCAUCUUUUUCCAUCCACUUCGCCAGAUUCCCGGUCCGUUCCCUGCCAAGUUCACCGAAUUGUGGAGAACAACCAAGUACGCAAAAGGAAACUGGCAUCAAGACAUCUUAAACCUACACCGACAGUAUGGACCGGUGGUCCGAGUUUCUCCAAACGAGAUUAGCAUUGUGGACAAGAUCGGUCUUACUGAGGUUUUUGGACAUGGCAAAGGGACGCGAAAGACAUCAUGGUAUGACGUUUGGAUGAUUCCCGGCCAUAACAACUCAUUUUUCCACUCUACGAAUCCAGCAGAACAUUCCUUUCUUCGGAAACGAGUGGCCAGCGCAUAUACCAUGUCAACCAUCCUUUCGUUAGAGCCUGAGGUCCAGCAAAUCGCGGAUGCUGUCUGGACAAAGCUCGACAAAUAUGCUCAAGAGGGCAAGCCUGUCAACAUGAGCAACUGGGCCAAUUAUUUUGCUUUUGAUGUUGUUGGGAAGCUGGCCUUGGGCUCGCCCAUUGGCUUCGUUGAGCAAGAAAAAGAUGUCAUGAGCAUCAUUCGUUCUAUCCACGCUGGUUUCUAUCAGAUGGCUAGUAUGGGUUACGUCCCUGGGAAGAUGAUAUGGAUCAACAAUCCUGUGACCCAGACAAUCCUGUCGAUUGUGCAACGAAUAAUGCAGAGUGGAAGCUCUUUCAACACAUUCGGCAAGUGGAAUGUUGACCAACUCAUGAAGCGAUUGAGUGAGCCAGAAGGCACUGAGCGGAAGGCAGAUAUGCUUGACCACUACAUCGCCAUGAGAGAGCCGGAUGGUAGCAAAGCUACAGUUCCAUCUAUACUGGCUGAAACCGGAAACAUUAUUGGCGCCGGUGCUGAUACAACAUCAAUCGGUAUUCGUGCUGUCCUGGCCCAAUUGGUCCUCCACCCUGGAGAUUAUCUUCAGGUUCGUGAGGAAGUCGACAAGGCAUAUGCUGAAGGCGGUUUCACGCCUGGGUAUAGUGGUAUUCCAUACUUGGUUGCAGAGAAGCUCACCUUCUUGAACGCUUGCGUCAAAGAAGCUUUGAGAUUGCACCCAAGUAUCUUGUGGCAACUGCCACGCCAAGCACCAGCGAACGGAGUCCGAAUUGCUGGCCACUACAUCCCAUCGAGUGCGACAAUAAGCAUGAGUCCAAUCGCACAGAACAGGGACGGGUCCGUCUUCGGGGCUGACGCGGACCAGUGGAGGCCUUCGCGGUGGAUGGCCAGCAAGGGGAGCGACCCAGCCCAGAUUCGAGAAAUGGACAAGUUCAAUGUUACGUUCGGUUACGGUGCUCGAACCUGCGUCGGACGCAAUCUCGCUCUCGUCGAGAUCCACAAAUUCAUCGCUGACUUUGUUCGGCGGUACGAUGCGCAAUUUGUGAAUAAGCAAAGACCGUUUGUCGUUAAGUCGCAAUGGUUUUCUUAUCAGGCGGACAUGUAUCUUGACUUGAAACUACGAAAGCUGUUGUAA